UCCAUGGUUAGUCUCAAUCAUUCGUUGUAAUAAGUAGUGAAUAUGUGGCUUCUGAUUUUAUCUGUUACCAUUCUAUUGAUAAAACAGAGUUUCUCACAUGCGCCACUCAAUACCAAACCUUUUGGAGAUGACUUUCUAGUUGGAGUUUCGACAGCAGCGCCUAGUGCAGAAGGUGCAUGGGAUCAAGAUGGAAAAUCUGAGGAUAUUUGGAAUCGAGUAGUGAAAACAAAUCCUGAAUUUAUAACUGAUCGCUCUAGUAGUGACAUUUCAGCCAAUGGAUACAAUUUGGUGGAGCAAGAUGUCGAAAUAUUGAACUUCCUAGGAGUAAGACAUUCUAGAAUAUCGCUGUCAUGGUCUAGGAUAUUACCUAAUGGUGUUUCAGAUUAUAUAAACAUGAAGGCAAUUGAUCAUUACAAAAAAUUAUUUGAAUUGUACAGAGAAAAUCAGAUAGAACCGUUUGUCACAUUGUACUACUGGGAUCUACCCCAAUCACUUCAAGACCUAGGAGGUUUCCGUAACGAAUCUUUCGUCCAAUGGUUCAAAGAUUAUGCUAAAGUAUGUUUCGAACAUUUUGGCCAGCAAGUGAAGUUUUGGUCCACGUUCAACGACCCGCUACAGAUUUGCGUAGGGGGAUACGGCUAUGGAUACUUAGCACCGGCGUUGAAAGAUCCUGGUGUUGGAGAAUACAUAUGUGGACACAACUUAUUGAAAGCUCAUGCAGCUGCUUACCAUCUAUAUGAAAAAUCAUUCAGGGAUGUUCAAGGAGGACGAAUUUCAAUAAAUCUUGGAAGUAAUUGGUUUGAACCAAAGUCCGAUUCCAAAGAAGAUAGAGAGGCUAGCGAAAGACAAAUGGAAUUUGUUAUGGGUUGGUUCGCGCAUCCGAUAUACUGGGGAAACUAUCCUCCGAAAAUGGUCCAGAGAAUGAGAGAACGUUCUCCAGACGGUCCCUCAAGACUACCUGUUUUUACGAAAAAAGAAAUUGAUUUCGUUAAAGGCACUCACGACUAUUUCUCUCUCAAUUAUCAAAAUACGUUGUACGUGGAAUCCGCUUUGACUUUGCCCUUUCUUCCACGAUCAUUUGAGAGUGACGCAGGUGUGAGAAUUACUGAUGUAGAAGGGAUUGUGACUCUUUCAAAUUUAUCCACAGGUACAUAUGCAGAUAGUGUUGUUUCCUGUUUUCAGCGUGUACUCAGUAAUGUAAAAGACGCCAUUGAUUAUCAACAUGUGAGAUGCUAUGGUUAUACUUACAAAUCACCUCAUGAUAGUUGGGAAUGGACCGAGGGUUAUAGUGUAAAAAAUGGCCUGUUUGACGUAGACUUCGAUAGUGAACAGAAAACGAGAACCCCAAGGAAAUCAGCUUCCUUUUAUCAAUAUUUUGCCAAAUACGGUUGCAUUGUUGAACCUUGUCCUUAUUAAAUAUUUCGAUAUCAGGAACUUGAGGGUAGAAUAAAAAAAAGAGAAAAUAUAUAUAUAU